CUUUCACAUUGAAUCCUCAGAUAAUCUUCACAAUGUCAAAGCCAGGAGAGGAGAAGGUCUCUGAAAUAUCUCCCGUCUUAUUCCUGGAAGCCAGUGGACAUUCAAUGCGCUUCUAUGUGAGACCCGGUCCGACUAAAACGCAGCUUUACCCUCUGAUAUCUAAUGGCGGAGGCAUUCUGUGUCGGAAUCAAGAGCCCGGAGCCAUUUUGCUGGUCGAUCCGGGCGACGUGACCAGUGCGAUGGCGAGCACUGGGCAGAAAUACAUCUCUUCGAAAUUCAUCCGAGAUUGUGUAGAGCAGAACCAGCAGUUGGACCGGGACGACUAUGUGAUCAGUGUGGGACCGUCUGUCCAGACGAGGAUGGCUGCCCGUCACCAGGGCACCGGACGUCUGGGUUACUCGCCUGAAGACGACGCCGCUAUUGUGAAGUUCAUGGAAAAGCGGCUGCAUGAAGCCAAAGGAAACCUGGUUUGGAAAGAAAUGGAGAAGCGGAGUGUCACCUGCCACAGCUGGCAGUCCAUGAAGGAUCGGUUUCUAAAGCACCUUCAGCACAAGCUCACGGAGAAAAGCCCGAAGAAAAGCCCCUCUAAAAGAAAAGCUCUUUUGUUUACUCAAAGCCCCUUAUCGAAGAAGACAGCAACUCAGACCUCAGAACCAGAGGCUGAUACAGACACCUCACGAAAGUCCGACGCUGUGUCGGAUUCAUCUGAAACGCAAAUCUCCACAGAGUGUCCAACUGUUAGGACCAUCCCUCCUCCUUCUCCCGAGAGAGCCAGUUCUCCUCCAGAGGCGGCCAGCGAGUCUCUACAUGAGCGGCAGGAUGAAUCCCGUGUCCCGGUCCAAGAGCAAGAAACUCCAGGGCCUCCUCCUUCUCCCGAGAGAGCCAGUUCUCCUCCAGAGGCGGCCAGCGAGUCUACACAUGACCGGCAGGACGAGUCCUGUGUCCCGGUCCAAGAGCAAGAAACUUCAGGGCCUCCUCCUUCUCCCGAGAGAGCCAGUUCUCCUCCAGAGGCGGCCAGCGAGUCUCCACAUGAGCGGCAGGAUGAAUCCCGUGUCCCGGUCCAAGAGCAAGAAACUCCAGGGCCUGAAAUAUCCAAAAGUCCUAGAUUAGAGGAAGAUCGUGAUGGACAAGACAUUCCAGAUGGAUCAAGUGAACAACCAUCUCUCAACAAAACAAAACAAACAACCAGCAAAACCGCCACAGCUGAUUCUAAGAAACUUGGGAUUCUUGCAAAAGCUGCAAGAGAAUUUGAGGACUCAGAUGUGAUGGAUGAAAGUGAAGAAGGGGAAGACCCAUGUGAAGCCCCGAUCGUCGAGCCCUCAGACGCACAUGAAAGUUCGGCGACACCUUCGAUGUUUGCCAGGGAACCAGAGAGCCAAGCUGAGCACCACGAGGAAGCCCGACAGGAAUCAGCAGCACCUGAGGAAGAGGAGCGUCCCGGGCCCAGUUCCACAGCGUUCACCACCCACGCAAUCAUGCUAAACUCCGAGUCACGGGAACCAAACCACAGCCAGGCCGGAGGAACGCCGGAGGAAACCCUCACCAGGCUCAAGGAGCAGGUCAAGAGCUUGAUGAGAGACAGUAAGAAAGAACUGGUUGAGGUGACCAAGGCGCUGUUGAAAGCCAGCGGUGACCUUGCACGCGCUCGGGUGUAUCUGAUCGAUGGGUACGAUCAGGAGAUUCACGGGCCGCUCUGGAAUCAUCUGGACGACGAGGUCCUCCUGUUGGCGGAUUCGUAUGAACUUGAGCAGCUUCAGUUGAAAUUCGGAGAGGAGGAAGUGAGCAGGAGAAGAGCCUUCCUCACGGCGGGCAAGAACUGAGAGGAUUUGCUGUUGCUUGGUUUUACAAUAUCACUCAGUUUUAUAUUCUCAGUUCAGUUUUGUGUUAAAGUUCAUAUGAGAAUUUUUGCUAAUAAUUACUUUGUUAUUUAUAUAUAUAAAUUAAAGUAUUUUCCUUA